AUGAUAAAAAAAACCCUUAACCCCCAACUCGUAAAGGGGGAGUACUUGGCACGGAGGUCAGUGAAACGUGUCUACGAGGACCCUGUGGAAGACCAGGCAACCUUCCACAGUAGCCUAUUUUGGCAGCCUUCACUGCGGUACGCUGCACUGCCGCAGUGCGACUUUUAUAUCAUGCAUACUCGUGGGAAUCAUAUGGAGAACCUCAAAAAACCAAACCGACUUGAUACAAUGGACAAAACAAACGCAUCGGAAAACAGCAACAAUGGAGAAUAUGGAAAACUUAAAAACAAAUAUGGCAUUAGGAACUCCCUUCAGAAAGCGGGGUCGUCUACUUCUACUGAAAAGGUAAAUUUUUCUCGUAGUUACGAUUUUCAAUAUUUCCAACACAAUUUUUCUUCUAAAUUCGUAGAUGUUUAUUGUGUAUGCACUAUGCAAACUUAA